AUGAGCUCUCGUAGAGAAACUACUGAAUCUGAACGUUUAUUGGUUGUAAAAUGGUCGAAAGAGGGCAAAUCUCUUCGAGAAAUCGCUUCGUUGAUUGGUGUAUUUCAUGGUUGUGUUCAAAAAAUACUACAGAAGUAUAAAAAAACUGGAUCUGUGGCCAAUAUUCCUGGAAGAGGACGUAAAGAAACACUGAGUACUACAGCGAAGAGGAAGAUCAUUCACUCAGUAAAGAAAGAUCGACUUACCCUUCACCAAUAUGGGUUUAAUGGCCGUACACCAAUACGAAAGCCACUCAUCAACAAUGGACGAUUUAAAAUAUGGAGAGAAGCUGGGAAAGCACUGGCACCUAAAAACACCAUUAAGACAGUCAAGUUCGGAGGUGGAUCUGUCCUCGUUUGGGGUUGUAUGGCGGCUGGAGGAGUUGGAGAGCUUGCUUUUAUUGAUGCCCAGUCUCCAGACCUAAAUGUCAUCGAAAAUUUGUGGUCGCAAUUAGAGAAAGCUGUACAUGAGCACGAAAUCACAAGCAAGGAAGUUCUCAAGAAGGUUCGGAGAGGAGAAUGGGUUAAAUUUUCUGUUGAAACCGCUAAAACACUAGUAGAAUCACUGCCCAGAAGAUUACAAGCUGUAAUUCAAGCAAAAGGUUAUGCAACGAAAUAUUAA